AUGCUGUCCCGCUUGUCCGCUCGUGGCGCCGUCGCCGCUGCUCGCCCUGGGCCAUUCUCAUCAGCAGUCAAAGGCAGAGCCUUUGCGACGUCUGCUCGAACCCAGGCGAGCGCCAAGGCCUGCACCGACUACCUCGAGCCGACCCACCUCGACGACUCCAUCCCUGCCGAUGUCAAGGCAAAGCUCGCAAAGCACGCCUCCGUGACCCUCAACACCUACGCCCGCCCUCCCUUCAUCCUCACUCGCGGCAAGGGCCUCAAGCUCUGGGACUCGCACGAUCGCGAGUACCUCGACUUUAGCGGAGGAAUCGCAGUCAACGCUCUCGGGCACGCCGAUGAGGGCGUCGCCAAGGUCUUGCAGGACCAGAGCAGGAAGCUCGUGCACGUCGCCAACCUGUGGCACAACGAGUGGUCGGGAGAGUUGGCGCACUUGCUGGUGCAGAAGACGAAGGAGUUCGGUGGACUGGGAUAUCCGGCUGGACAGGCAGAGGCGAACGGCAAGGCGGAGGAUGGCGGCUUGAAGGUCUUCUUCACCAACUCGGGCACCGAGUCGAACGAGGGCGCGCUCAAGUUCAUCCGCAAAUACGGCAAGCACGUCUCGGCGAUGCGGAAUGCGCAGGGAGCCGAGAAGGGCGUCGCUGCGCCUACGGACGAGAAGGUCGAGAUUGUCUCGUUCCGCGACGGCUUCCACGGUCGGUCGAUGGGCGCGUUGUCGGCGACUUGGCAGCCGAAGUACCAGCUGCCAUUCGCGCCUCUCGUCCCCGGCUUCGUGCCUGCGACGAUGAACGACAUCGACAGCAUCAACCAGGUCGUGACGGAGAAGACGUGCGGUGUCAUCCUUGAGCCUAUCCAGGGAGAGGGCGGCAUUCUCGAGGCGAAGGAAGACUUCCUCCGGGCUCUUCGCAAGCGCUGCGACGAUGUUGGUGCAUUGUUGGUGUUCGACGAGAUUCAGUGCGGUCUUGGGCGGACCGGGUCUUUCUGGGCGCACGGAUCAAUGCCGGUGGACUGCCACCCGGACAUUGUGACGAUGGCGAAGCCGCUGGCGAAUGGCGUUCCCAUCGGCGCAAUUAUGAUGAAGGACAAGGUGGCAGAUGUAAUCAAGCUUGGAGACCAUGGCACGACCUUCGGCGGCCAGCCAUUGCAAACCCGAGUAGCGCACCACGUCGUCUCGCGCAUCGGUGCAUCUUCUUUCCUUUCCAACGUCUCCUCCGUCGGCGACUCCCUCAAGGCGCGCCUCGCCAACGUGCACGCCCUCUUCCCCCGCCUUGUCGCCGGGCCUCCACGCGGCCGAGGACUCAUUCUCGGUCUCCCCUUGACGCGCGACGAGUACGUUCAGAAGGUCGUCAAGCUGAUGCGCGAGCGAGGGGUCCUCGUCCUGUCGUGCGGCAGGCAGACGGUCAGGUUCGUGCCGAGCUUGAUCGCAACGGAGGCGGACGUCGAGAAGGUGGUCGACGUGCUCGAGUCGUCCUUGGUCGUGCUCAACCGGCAGGAGGAGGGUUUGUAG